AUGAAUGUUUACGUUUCCCGGAGUUUGCAAACGUUUCGUGGUGCUCUUAUUUGUAAUUUUUCAUAUGGUUCCUUUAUAAAACCUUUACGUAAUAAAACUUUACUGUUAAACAAAUUUAUAGUUGUUAAAUCUCGACUAAAUUCGUCUUUAUGUAAUAAAAGUUGCUCUUUAACUUUUGAUUCAAUUAGACGUUUUGAUUAUAAAUAUGGAUGUUGUCGUUUUUAUACAACUAAUAACACUAACAUUGCGAUAGAACCUAAUGAGUGGAUGACCCUUUCAUUUUAUUCUUUUAACUUGAACGUUCAGCUCUCUCUUGAAAAAUUACGAGAAAAUAUGUUAAAUAAACUUGAAGAAAUGGGACUAGUUGGAAGAAUUUAUAUUGCUACUGAAGGAAUAAAUGCACAGGUUUCAUGCCCAAAAGAAAAAUUAGAAGAAUUAAGAAAAUAUUGCGAUGAAGAAUUAAAUUUAAAAGGAACUGAUUUCAACUUCUCAACAUAUCAUGUAAAAGCAUUUAGAAAGUUAAAUGUUAAAAUUAGGAAACAGAUUGUUGCAGAUAGAUUAGAAUCUGGCUCAUAUGAUCUGUCUAAACAACCCGUUUAUCUAACUCCAGAAGAAUGGCAUGAAGUAUUAUCCAAUUCCAAAGAAUCUCCUAUCUUAAUAGACAUGAGAAAUCAAUAUGAGAGGCAAGUGCAAGAAUGCAUUAUUUCACCAGACGUAGAUACUUUCCGUGAUAGUAUCAAAGCUAUGAAUGAAAUAUGUGAGGGAAAACAAAAUGAAAAAAUUUACAUGUAUUGUACUGGUGGCAUUCGGUGCUCUAAAGCAGGUGCUAUACUACUUUCUAACGGUUUUAAAUCAGUUUACAUGCUUAAAGGAGGAAUUACAGCAUAUGGACGAUUUAUUAUGGAAAACCCAUCAAUUAUUUCCUUGUAUAAAGGUCGUAAUUUUACUUUCGAUAAACGCCUUGGCGAGCCAAUUACGGAUGACAUUGUUUCUCAGUGUCAUUCAUGUGGCAAACCAUGUGGUGCUUAUACGAAUUGCAGAAACAAAACUUGCAAUUUAUUAUUUAUUCAAUGUGAAGAAUGCAAGAUUCGAUUGAAACGAACUUGUGGGACUGAUUUUUGUUUUCAAUUAGUUCAUACUUGGGAUGAAAAGUACGGCAGGCCUUCAACAUUUGAUGACGUGAAACCAGGUUUAGAAUGUGUUUACGAUCAUAUUCAUCGAACAAGACCCAAAUUGGUUAUAAAAAGAUUAGGUGGAACAACAGCAAAUAUUUCAACAGAUAUAAUUCCGGAUAUAAUAAAACAAAAGGAUAAGCAAAUGAAAAAGUAA